AUGGCAGUGGCACAAGUCAGCAAGGAGGUUAAGGUGUGGAGGAAUGAGGUGUUUGGUAAUAUUUUUAAACGAAAACGAGUCCUUGUUUCCAGGAUCUGUGGAAUUCAACAAAGCCCGGAUUAUGGUAGAUUUUCCUUCUUACAAGACUUGGAAUCAUGUCUUCAGCAGGAAUACCAUGAAGUUUUGCACCAAGAAGAAUUGUUGUGGUUGCAAAAAUUGAGACUUGAUUGGGUCCAAUCAGUAGAGUUGGGCAGAUCUGUGGUUGAGUUUUAUAAGCUCCUUUUUGCCCACCAUCAUUGCCAAGCUCUUGAAGCAGCGUUUGAUACUUUUAGCCUGAAAGCAACGGAGGAUGAGCAGCUUCAGUUGUCAUGCACCAUAGAUUUGGAGGAGGUGAAAAUUGCUACAUUCUCUAUGAAGGGUUUGAAGGCACCAGGAGAUGAUGAUAUUCAACCCGUGUUCUAUCAACGUAAUUGGGAUGUGGUAAAGGACACGUUGCUGGACUUUGUGAGGAUGGCUUGGCAACAUAGAAGAGUGGAUUUGGACAUUCUAAAAGCUCAUAUGGUUUUGAUUCCUAAAAAUCCACGACCUGUCUUUGUUAAGGAUUUUCGCCCCAUCACUUUGCUUAAUACCUCCUAUAAAAUCCUUUCGAAGUUUUUUAGGGAGGUUUUGAUUUUCUUCCAUAUCCCGAUGAAUAUUGUUGAGCUUAUUAUGUUCUGUGUUUCUAAUAUUGAUAUUGUUGUGCUUUGGAAUUGGGAGAUUCUUCUAGCUUUUCGGCCUGAGAGAGGACUUCUUCAAGGUGAUCCUCUUUCGCCUUACCUGUUUAUUCUGGUAAUGGAGAGUCUGUCCCAUAUGAUUCUUGAAAAUGUGGAUUUAAAGUUAUGGAAACCUAUUAAUGUUUCGCAAUCUGGGCCUGCUUUCUCUCAUUUAUUUUUUGCUGAUGACUUGAUGCUUUUUAAUGUUGCAGAAGAAGAUCAGGUGGCAGUGGUUCGAGAUGUUUUGUCUGAUUUCUCGAAAGCUUUUGGUCUCCAUGUGAAUCUUGAUAAGUCAAAAUUAUGGAUUUCUCCAAAUGUCCCUAAUGUUAAGGCACAAUGUUUGAGUAGAUUAUGUGAAAUUCCGUUAGUUUCGGAACUGGGAACAUAUUUGGGAGUCCCAAUUAUACAUGGGCGUGUCACCAAAAAUACCUAUAAACAUAUGAUAGAUAGAGUUUUGAACAGGUUAUCCAGUUGGAAAGGUAAAGUCCUAAGUUAUGCGGGGAGGCGAACUUUGGUUCAAUCAACUCUAAACUCCAUUCCAAUUUAUACUAUGCAAUCGACAUUACUACCGGUGUCGGUGUGUAAUCAUUUAGAUCAAUGUAAUCGGAAUUUUUUGUGGAGUGGAAAGGCUGAUAAUUCUUACGGGCAUUUGGUCUCUUGGGAUCGUAUUUGCCAAUCGAAAGGUAAUGGUGGUCUUGGUUUGAGAAAGGCUCGGCAGUCUAAUUUAGCUUUGUUGGCAAAAACAUGGAAGUUGCAUAUUCGACAAAGCAGUUUAUGCACUGAGAUUUUCCAAAAGAAAUACUUGAAGGGGAGGCCUUUUGUUAACUCUACAUCUUCGGGUAGAUGUUCUUCUACUUGGAGGGGUUUAUUACAAACCCGUGAGUGUAUAAGGCGAGGCACUAGAUGGAGAAUUGGUAAGGAGUCGGAUGGGGCGUCAGGUCAGUUAAUUACUUGGCAACCCCCUCCUCCGGGAUGUUUCUUGUUAAAUUCGGAUGGCUCUCGUCAACAAUUGGAUAACCAUGAUUCUGUGGGUGGGCUAAUUCGAGAUGCCUCAGGACUCUGGGUUUCUGGAUUUAUGGUUAAUAUUGGUUUCACAAGCAGUUUGAAGGCUGAAUUAUGGGGAGUGAGGCAAGGGUUGUUACUUGCGAAGGAAAGGGGUUGUGUUCCGUUAAUUGUGGAGUUAGAUGCUGCAGUGGUUGUAAAUUUUCUGAAAAAUCCUAUAGUUGAUACUCACCCAUGCUUUACUCUAGUUCAGGAUUGUUUGGAGUUGAUUAAGGGCAGCUGGAUUAUGGAGAUACGAUAUAUUUAUCGAGAGCGAAAUCGAUGUGCCGACUGUAUGGCGUUGUUAGCACAUGAGACGGCCUAUGGUGUUACGGAGUGUAAUGAGCCUCCAGAUCAGAUUCUCACCUUGCUGCAGGAAGACCGAACUGGAAUUGGUGUUAUGAGACCUUAG